AUGAGGCCUGGACGCAUCGUCACUGACCCGCCCGUGCGACCACCUGCGCGACCCACCCGCCCGUGCGACCCACCCGCCCGUGCGACCCACCCGCCCGUGCGACCCACCCACCCGUGCGACCCAACCACCCGCGCGACCCACCCACCCGUGCGACCCACCCACCCGUGCGACCCAACCACCCACAUGGACCCCGGAGAGCCCGAGGUGGUGAGCACAGUGCCUCUGUACAACUUUGACGGGAAGAUCAUCUGCAACCUAGCGGCUGACACGUGGCCUCUUGACAUCAGCGACGAGACGUGGGUGGUGCUGCCGAAGCUGACCCCGCGAGUGGAGCUGCCAUCCCUGCCAUCUCUCCCAUCUCUCCCUCACACACUGCAUCCUACAUACGUGUUGCCAUGCCCCUGUAUCUCCUCCCCGCCUCUCAGCGACGAGACGUGGGUGCUGCUACCCAAGCUCACUCCGCGAGUGGAGCUGCCGUCGCUGCCAUCCCUGCCGCACUUCCGAGUGUACCCCGAGAGAAGCUCCUCCUCCGUGGACGUCAACAACUGGGAGCAGCUCGUGCACGUGCUCAGGACGCAUGGCCGGGUGGGUGGGUGUGUGGGUGUCUGUAACGUGCUUGUCUGUGGUCAAGGAGGGAGGGGGAAUGGGGAGUGGGGAGGGGGAGGGUUGAAUCACUUCCGAGUGUACCCCGAGCGCAGCUCCUCCUCUGUGGACGUCAACAACUGGGAGCAGCUCGUGCACGCGCACACGUGUGUCUGUGGUUCAGGUGAUAGCGCGAGGGCAAUACCAGUUCGGUCUCCUCCCCAUCGCCACCCCAUCCACCACCCUUUUUGCCCCUCCAACCCUCCCUAUUUUCCUCACCACUUCCCCUUUCCCUUUUUCUUCUCCACCCUGUUCCUCCUCCCCAUCUUCUCCUCCGCCCACCAGGUGGGACUCAUCACAUCGGCGCGAGGGCAGUACCAGUUCGGCCUCCUCCCCAUCGCCAACCCAUCCACCACCACCUCUACCUCUCCUCCCCCACCCCCUCCCGCCUUCGCCCACCCCUCUGCACCUCUCCCCACCGGUUUCUCCUCUGCGCGGGCGUACUACGCGCCGCUGCCAGCUGGCAUCCCCCGCCGCGCCCCGCGCUUCCCUGCGGUGCUCCCGGGACUGCUGCCGCAGCAGCAGAUGGCGCAGCAGCAGAUAAGACCUGCUCACACGGCGCCUGGUCAGAUGGCGCCUGGUCAGGUGGUGGCGCAUUCUCAGAUGGCGCCUGGUCAGGCACGUGCCCAGGUGGCAAACGGUCAGGCGCAUCUGGGACAGGUGCCACCUGUGCAGGCACACUCGCACGUGGCAUCACCUCCGCCCCCUACUCGAGCAGCCUCACCACGUUCAGUUGCACAGGGUCAGGGGCAAGGGCAUGGGCAGGGGCAGCAGAUGCAGCAGGGGCAGCAGCAGGCACAAGCGUGGGCAGGGUCGCAGGUACACCUGGGGCGGGUUCCACCUGGAUUUGAGCUCGAACCGCAUUCAGUUGCGCAGGGGCAGGGACAUCUGGGACAGCAGGUGCAGCAGGAGGGGCAGAGAUGGGCAGGGACGCAGAGCCUUCCGGGCCUCACUGCUGCAGGAUCUGCGAGUUUCUCCACUCGCCCUGCUGCCUCCGCCCCUGCUGCUCCAGUAUCCACCUCAGCACCUCCAUUGUCCUUGUCAGCAUCUCCAGUAUCCACGUCAGCACCUCCAUUGUCCUCGUCAGCACCUCCAUUGUCCUCGUCAGCAUCUGCAACCCCCACAUCAGCAUUCUCUUUCAAAGGUGCACUGCCCCCUCCUCCCACACUUCCACCUCCUCCUCCCCAUCCUCCCUCAGCUCCUGCUCCUGCUCCUCCUCCUCCUCUUCCAGCUGCUUCCCCAAUGCCCCCUCCACCUGCCCGCCCCUCUCCCCCUCCGCCUUCCCCCGCCCCUCCGCCUCCCCCUUCUCUUCCCCCUGCCCGUGCGCCUGGACCCGGCAUGCAUCCGCAGUACCUGGCGUCCUUAGCGCACACGCACCAGCAGUGGGUGUUUGGGGGACUGGCGGAGCUGAUAGAUAACUCCAUGGACGCCAAAGCACGCAGGCUGGACAUUUUCAUCAGCACGGCCAAGCUCCCCCCAAGAGCAGCCGCGGCAGCCGCAGCAGCAAAAGCAGUUCCCGCAGCAUCACCCUCAGCAGCAGCAGCACCAGUCCCCUCCUCCUCCUCCUUCACUCGCCCCUCCUCCUCCGCUGUGCCCUCUGAGCCAGUCCCAGUUCUACACGUGUGUGACGAUGGAAAGGGCAUGCACCACGGCGAGUUGGUGCAGAUGCUGUCGCUGGGCCAUGAGCUCCCAGCGGAGGAGGACCCCCACCACAUCGGCCGAUUUGGGGUUGGCUUCAAGGGCAUGGACCAUGGCGAGUUGGUGCAGAUGCUGUCGCUGGGCCACGAGCUCCCCGCAGAGGAGGACCCCCACCACAUCGGGAGAUUCGGGGUUGGCUUCAAGCUCCCCGCAGAGGAGGACCCCCACCACAUUGGCCGAUUCGGAGUUGGCUUCAAGGUGUGUGCGUGCGAUGCAACUCGCGGCUCUUCUUGUAUACUCGCUGCAGGUAUGUAUGGUAGCAGGGCCUUGGCAAGGGCAUGGAUCACGGCGAGCUGGUGCAGAUGCUGUUGCUGGGGCCCCUUCCCUUCCCCCUCCCCUUCCCCUCUCCUCCCCUUCUCUCCCCUCCCCUCCCCUCCCCUCCCCUCCCCUCCCCUCCCCUCCCCUCCCCUCCCCUCCCCUCCCCUCCCCUCCCCUCCCCUCCCCUCCCCUCCCCUCUCCUUGGUGCUGACUCAAUCAAGGGACAGCCGCAGCAUCGCGCUGCUCACCCGCUCGCUCAACCACGGCCGGCAGGAGCUGGAGAUUCCCACUGUGACUCUCUCAGUCCCCUUCUCUAACCCUCGUUCCUCCCGUCCACCUCCCGUCCACCUCCCUUCCUCCCUCCCGUCCUCACCACCAGACGGGCACGAUGCGCAUAGGCAACGACGCGCUGGUGCUGACCCAGUCAAGGGACAGCCGCCGCAGCAUCGCACUGCAUCCCUGCUCAACGGGCCCUGCAGGAGCUGCAGACCCUUCUCCUGA